UGCACCAAUCUGAGAAGGUGUUUGGUUCCAGGGACUUUUUGUGUUGGAACUAGAAAAAGUCCCAAGCAAAUUAAACAGGGUGGAACCUUUUUAGGACUUUUUGCUAAAAAUCCUUAGAAGCAUCUCCUUGAGAGUCUUUUUCAAAAAAUAAUAGAGAGUAGAAAACCAAACACCACCUGAAUCUCCCCCAAGAUUACGUUGGCAACUGCAUGCUCGCAUAGAGAGCCACGCAUCGUGCAUAUCACCGUGAUGGUGGCAGGAGCUACUAUGGCCGUGCUUCAGAGAGCAUCGACAGCCAGCACCGACUUUUUUGUGGGUUUGCUUCCGGUUCACGUCCUAAUGGUAGUGAUCCUGGUGUCCGGCAUGGCCAUGCUGUGGCGGGUUAGCCGGGCGCGGGACGUGUACCUCGUGGACUACGGCUGCUUCCUGGGCGAGCCACGUUACAGGAUCCCCUCGGCGAUGGCCCUGGAGCACGCACGCCUCAUGACCGACAUCAUCGAGGAGGAGAGCGCCGACUUCAUGGCUCGGCUGCAUGAGCGGUCCGGGAUCGGCGAGGAGACCAGCGUGCCCGACUCGUACCGCUAUAUGCCCCCCGAGCGCGGCGUGGAGGCUUCCCGGGAGGAAGCCGAGCUGGUCAUCUCCUCCGCCGUCGACAAGGUGUUCGCGAGGACCACGGUGAACCCCAAGGACAUCGACACGCUCAUCGUCGCCUGUAGCUUCACCACGCUGACGCCGGUGUUCGCUGACGUGGUCGUGAACAAGUACAGGCUCCGCGCGGACGUGCAGAGCGUGAACCUGUCCGGGAUGGGGUGCAGCGGGGCGCUCAUCUGCGUCGGCCUCGCCCAGAAACUCCUGCAGGCGGCGCCGCCAGGGAAGCACAAGCACGUGCUGAUCAUAGCCACCGAGAUCCUGUCGUCGAUGUUGUACAACGGCACCAAGCGCGAGAUGCUUGUGCCGAAUGUGCUGUUCCGCAUGGGCGCCGCCGCCAUGAUCAUGACCAACUCACCGGAACGCGCGCGGUUCCGGCUCGGUCCGAUCGUGCGCACGCUGACCGCCGGGCGGGACAGCGACUACCGGUGCGCAUUCCAGGAGGAGGACGACAAGGGGAUCACGGGCAUCAACCUCUCAAAGGAACUUCCCGUGGUUGCUGCGAACGCGCUCAAGAGUCACAUCGUGGCCUUCUGUCCCAGGGCCCUGCCUGCGUUGGAGCUUCUCCGGGUCGCCUUCUCCCUCGUCAAGCAAUACGUGUUCCCGCAGCCGAGAGCAACUGGGCGAGCGGAGAAGGGCGCGCGGCCGGCCUUCAACAAGGUGUUCCAGCACUUCUGCAUCCACCCGGGCGGGCGCAGGGUGCUCCACGAGAUGCAGCGUGGCCUCGGCCUCUCUGACCGUGACAUGGAGGCGUCGCACAUGACGCUGCACCGGUUCGGGAACAUGGCCAGCAGCUCGCUGCUGUACGAGCUGGCCUACAUCGAGGCCAAGGGCCGGAUGAGCAAGGGUGACCGGGUGUGUAUGAUCUCCUUCAGCCCCGGCAUAGACUGCAGCAGCGUCGUAUGGGAGUGCAUCAACCCGGCGGCGGCAGAUCCCAACGGACCCUGGGCCGCCUGCAUCCACCGCUACCCUGUGCACGCGCAGGCGCAGCAGCUUCCCCAAAUUGCCAAGAUGACCUAAGGCCCGGUUCGAUUCUUUUGAGCCUUGGCUUAUGCAGUGGAAAUUAGCCCUUAAUUGAUUGCAGUGAAAAAUAAGCUCAUAAGAAUAAAUCGUCCACUUCUUUUCUGCUCCUAUCUGCAUGCAGUUAGCUUAUUUUCUUAUAUAUACCAGGUGUAAAGUCAGUACUAAUAUCCCUGGACUGUAAUUCUG